AUGGCUGGCAGUCGCCCUGAGCACCAGAAACCCAAUCAAUCCGACAACAGAGUCAACAAAAAGGUCGUGAAGGUGAAGACGAAGGGCAGAGAAGGGGUUGAGAAAGACAUAAUCGAUGUCGAGGAAGUGCAAAUCGUCAAACGAAAGCUCCGAAAACUUCCCCGUCUCAUUGAAGACGCCACAUAUGUGGAGGCUGAUAUGCUACGAGAGAGCGUCACACGUCUCUGCUCAGAGAAGGUUACGCUCAUCAAUCGAAUCACGACUUUGCUGCGUGAAAGCUCCACGGCUGCACUGCGCGAGGCUGCCUUGAUUGAGCGUGUGGCUGAGCUCGAGACACCGGCGUGA